CUGUGACCCACCCGAGACUGAGGCAGCUUCUCCCACGGAGCUCCACACCCCCAGUGGGACCGUCACAGAGAUGGCUGAUUCAGACCCCUCGUCCCCCUCCAAUCCCCCACGGCCGCUGAGCUCCUCCCGCUCCCCCCUCUCCCUGUCCUUCCUCUUCCUCAGGCAGGGAAGUCGGGUGUGGGAGACGGAGAGGAAACCCCCCCUGAUGCCAAGCGAGCUGCCCAGCCCUCUGCCCACCAGACGCACCCGUACAUACUCAGCGUGAGUAGGAAUAAUCUGUAGUGGUAUAAGUAGUAGUGUGUGUGUGUGUGUGUGUGUGUGUGUGUGCAUGACCUUGAGGGUGACCUGGUCACUAUUAGGGAUUAGGGAGCCAUUUUGGAUGCAAGCCCUGAGAAUAGCCUGCAUGGGUUAAUGUUUUUCGUUUCUCUGCUGUGUGCCUCUCUCAGUACGGUGCGGGCCAGAUCAGGCCCAGUGUAUAAGGGCGUGUGCAGGACCUUCUACAGGUCCCAGGGUCAUGGCUUUAUAAAGCCCUCCAACGGUGGGGAGGACAUCUUUGCACACAUCUCUGAGUGAGUUGUUCUGAAGCAUUAAGAUUAGAAUUGUAUGAUAAAGCAAUAAGGUAUAUUGUGAUUAUAAAAUAUGAUAUUAUGUACAACGCUUAGCAGUAUAACACUUGUCGGUCCCAAAGUCUGUUGUUGUAGAUUAUAAUUUAAACUUGAAUGUCCUAGACCUAGAGAGGUCUGCAUUCUCUCAUAAUAAUUAUCUCCCUCAUUAGUAUCGAUGGAGAAUAUGUUCCGAUGGAAGGCGACGUGGUCACGUACAAAGUCUGUUCCAUCCCCCCCAAGAACCAGAAGAUGCAGGCGGUGGAGGUGGUCAUCACCCACCUGGCCCCAGGAAGCAAGCAUGAGACCUGGUCUGGACAGAUCAUCAGCUCC